AUGACCAGAAGAUAUCGUGCCUGCUCUACGCGGUGCAACGAGAUUCUAAGCAACGUCAAGGACACUUCUGGUGCAGAGCCUGCUUAUCUCAUUUAUCUGAACUUUUACGCCGCCACUUCUCUCGAGAUGUGUGCUCGCCCCCUCACUAAAUCCUCGAGUUACCGGACGAGCCUGCUACAACAAGCUCGUGUGCAUUAUGAUCGAGCUGCUGCUCUCAUCCAAAAUGCCGAGACCUCUGUAGUCUCCCGCUCCCGCUCCAGCUCUAUAGCAUCCUCCGUCUCAAGUCUGCACUCCGCAUCCAGCUCCAUCUUUUCUCAAGCUUGGACUGCCGAAUCAGAUAUGACAUCACCAGCGUACUCUGUCUGCUCUCUAGAGAGUGCGUUCGCAAAGGCCAAGCCAGCGCACAAGCCUAAGAAGAAGGUUUCAUUCGAGCUGCCCAACGAUGCAAAGGACACCUGGUCCUCGUUCCAAGUCUCGGAGCCACUGAUCCGCCCCGACUCACCAACGCUGGGCUUCGAUGAUGACUAUUACACCGCUGCAGCUACUCGUCAGGAGCUUCCUAAGGUCCCAGAGCGGCCUGUAUCCCGUCUAUCUCUUCGAGAAGAAGACAUAUACUCCGUUGCUGUUGUCCAUAUGGAGGACCCCGACAGUGCAAACCCCUCAGAUUCCUCAGACUCAGAAGAUGAUGAUCCCUUUGGCAUUGGACGUUCCGUCCAUCGCUACCGCGAGACAUUGUCAUCGCUCAAGAUGCAGGUGGCAGGUCACCUGGCUUCUGUCGAAGAGCUGCUGUCUGCCCCUGUCUCCCCAUUACCUUCUGGAACAGCGGACAAGUCUGAUGAGAAGCAAGCACACACUGUCAGCAGCGAGGAACUGCGCCGACAGGAGCGCAAUGCCCGCAUCGAGCGUCUCCGCAAGACGGGAUGGCAGCGCAAGCGCUUUGAUGCUCGACGCUACGAGGAGCUGUGCGAAGCUGUAAUGGCCGAGCUAAACUAG